ACCUUUAUCCAAACAUACCACACGAGCUCUCUCCCAUCUCCUCCCAUGGCGAUUGCGGCCCCCUCGUCGCUUCUCUCUCUCCCACUCCACACUUCCCCUCACCCAAACCCUAUCCCUUGCCCUAGAACCCUCGCCCCGAAACCCUCGUUCCCACGCCGCAAAACCCUAAUGGUGCGCUGCGCGAAGCGCACGGGGAAGCAGAGGUACCCGUCGGAGAAGAAGCAGCUGCGGAGGGCGAACGAAACCCUACUCCGCACCGACAUCGCCGACCGCGGCGAGGGCUUUUGGCGUCUCUCGAAGCUCGGCGUCCCCGCCCGGAAGGAUCCCGGCAAGGACUUCGUCGGCGUCUCCCUCCCCUUGCUCGAGGCCAUCGCCAAAGUCCUCGAGUUCCCGGUUGCUACUAUGUUACCUCAAGAAGCCUUUUCUAUUGUCCGGAAGUCCUUCGAUGCAAGAAAGGUGUUGAAGGAACCUGAGUUUGUUUAUACUGUGGACAUGGAUGUCAAGAAACUUCUGAAUUUGGAGCCUAGAAUGUGGGACUUUAUCUCUCAAUUGGAACCAAAACUUGGACUUCUAGAAUACAUGCCUGAUGAAAAGGUAACUGCUGAUUUGAUCAGUGUACUGCAUAAUUCCACGAUGGUCCACAAGGCCAAAGUGGGCAAGUUUGAUGAUUCCACCGACAAUGGCUUCUACAAGCCUCAGCAACCUAAGAAACCAAAAGUUGCAGUUGUGGGCAGUGGACCAUCAGGCUUGUUUGCUUCCCUUGUACUUGGUGAACUUGGUGCUGAGGUUACAUUAAUAGAAAGGGGUCAAGCUGUUGAGCAAAGAGGGCGAGAUAUUGGUGCUUUGGUUGUUAGACGUAUUUUGCACUCGGAAAGUAAUUUUUGCUUUGGGGAGGGUGGUGCAGGUACAUGGAGUGAUGGCAAGCUGGUAACCAGAAUAGGCAGGAACAGUGACAGUGUUCAGGCUGUAAUGAAAACUUUAGUUCACUUUGGAGCCCCACCAAAAAUUCUAGUUGAUGGUAAGCCUCACUUGGGAACAGAUAGAUUAGUUCCGUUGUUACGCAACUUCAGGCAGCAUCUAAAAGAACUGGGUGUCGUUAUAAAAUUUGGCACAAGGCUAAAUGAUCUUAUUGUAGAAAAUAGGCAGGUUUUGGGAGUUGUGGUCUCAGAUACAAGAGAUGAACCAGGUUCUGAUGACAAGAAGUUAUCAUACGAUGCAGUUGUUCUAGCAGUUGGCCACUCAGCUCGCGAUGUGUAUCGUAUGCUACUUAAGCAUGAAGCAGAUAUGGUCCCUAAGGAUUUUGCUGUGGGAUUACGGAUAGAGCAUCCCCAACAACUGAUAAAUAGCAUUCAAUACUCUACAUUGGCUGCUGAAGUUCAUGAAGGACGUGGUAGAAUACCUGUUGCAGACUACAAAGUAGUUAAGUAUGUUAGUGAAGAGAAUAAUGACUCGAGCUCAGAAUCAGGAGAUCUAAGUCGGAGCUGCUACUCCUUUUGCAUGUGUCCUGGUGGACAGGUUGUUUUGACUAGCACAAACCCAUCAGAGAUAUGCGUCAAUGGCAUGUCAUUUUCGCGGCGUGCGUCAAAGUGGGCAAACUCAGCUCUUGCUGUCACUGUCUCUUCAAGUGAUUUUGGUCCCUUCCAGCAUCAUGGGUCUCUUGCUGGUGUGGAAUUCCAGAGAGAAUUUGAAGGAAAAGCAGCUAUAAUGGGGGGAGGAAAUUUUGUUGUCCCUGCACAAUGUGUUACGGAUUUCCUUGAUAACAGAUUGUCAGUUACAUCUCUACCACCAUCAAGCUACCGAUUGGGGGUUCGUGCGUCGACCCUGCAUCAGCUUUUCCCACCGCGCAUAACGGAAGCUUUACAACAUUCCAUCAUAAUGUUCGACAAAGAGUUGCCAGGCUUCAUUUCGAAAGAUGCCCUACUUCAUGGCGUAGAGACAAGGACGAGUUCCCCUCUGCAGAUUUCACGGCAUUCAGAUACAUAUGAGAGCACAUCAUUGAAGGGGUUGUAUCCUGUCGGAGAAGGUGCAGGCUAUGCGGGGGGGAUUGUAAGCGCCGCUGUCGAUGGUAUGUACUGUGGGUUUGCCAUUGCCAAGAAGCUCUCUCUCUAUGAUGGAGAUAUAGAGUCAAUACUAGGUAAGGCACAAAAACAAACAGGUUUUGUAAAAUACUGAGAAUUCCAUUAUCGAAUAUCAACUAAGAAAUCCAGUAUUUCUGUUUCUUUAGCUUAUUCAAAUUUCAUGGAUUUUCCAGA